GAAGGUCUAGGCUCGUGGUGGCCACAACACAGCAGCCGCCGUUGCCUGGGCCAAGAGCACGCUGGCAGUCUAUAUAUUCUAAACGUAUAUGAGGACGCUGUUUGUAUCUUCAGCACCCACACCAUGAGCAACAUAGACGUUACCGACGUGGUGGCGCACAUCAAGCAGGAAUUCAUCAUACCUGUGGAGACACAAGCUAACAAGCAAGAAGCUGCUGAAGCCAGAGCAGAGAGAGAGGACUCGACUGAUGAACCUCCAAACAAGAAACAGAAGCUAACAGGUACACACAAAAAACGCCCCAAGUUGAUAAAGGCACCCAAGAGUAGCAAGUUGUGUAGGUCUGUGUGGUGUUUACGUGUGGGUGAAGAUGUUAGUGGCAAGUGCACGUUUCCAAAAUGUGACUUCAUGCAUGAUGUGGCUGCAUUCUUGAGUACCAAACCUGAAGAUCUAGGAUCAGUGUGUCACAACUUCCGGACAUAUGGCAUGUGUCAUUAUGGUUUCACAUGCAGAUAUGGUAGGGAUCACAUUGAAGAUUUGGGUAAUAAAGUCAACAAGGAAAUCUGGGCUAAGUAUGAGAAGAGCCCAACAGUCAGCAAUGUAUUGCAGAAGGAGGUCCAGCAAGAAUUACGAAAGCGGCAGUAUGAUUUCACAAAAGCAUUACAGGCUCAUCGGAAAGCACAGUCAGAAGUGGCCAAGAAUAAUACCACAGACAAGAACAAAAUUCUAGACAAAAUGCCAGACGAAACUCCGAUAGAAAAAAGUGGUGCUACAACAGAGGACCAAGGUGGUGACGAGCAGAGUUUAUUAAAUGGUUCUCAAGAAAAUGCAGACAAGUCGGAAAAAGAGACUGUGCUGCUUGAGGUCCAUAAAAAUGGCUCGGAUAGUGAAAAGGUGGAAAACAAUACGUGUGACGGUGAAGUACCCCAGAGGGACGAGGGUACUGUGAAGCACAACACUCAAGCUGCAGAAAAGGAAGCAACGCAUGCAAGAGAUAAUAAUUUUCUCGGACCAGCUCCUGAAGAAGAUCUAAUUAAACUCAAUGCUAGAGAAAAAAAGAAGAUUGAGUGGAGAGGCAAGACCUACUUGGCUCCUCUCACCACACUGGGAAACCUGCCGUUUCGUCGCAUCUGCAAGCAAUAUGGUGUGGACAUAACAUGUGGGGAAAUGGCACUUGCCUCGUGUCUUCUGCAGGGGUCUCCUAGUGAGUGGGCCCUGGUCAAGCGCCAUGAAUCUGAAGAUCUUUUUGGGGUCCAGGUGUGUGGAAGCAAUGCAGAAACCAUGAUUAAAUGUGCCCAGCUUUUGGAUGAAAAUACUGAUGUGAACUUCAUGGAUAUCAACAUGGGCUGUCCUAUUGAUCUCAUCUAUAAACAGGGUGGUGGUAGUGCACUGAUGCGACGUCACGGCUGCCUGGAGCACAUGGUACGAGGUAUGACGAGGGUUCUCUCCAAACCCCUCACACUCAAGAUGAGAACAGCUAUUUAUCGUGAUACUCAAGUUGCUCAUAAAAUUAUUGAGAAAGCCAAGCUGUGGGAUGUAUCCAUGGUUACGCUUCAUGGACGUUCAAAAGAACAGCGAUACCUGAAAGUUGCUGACUGGGAUUACAUCACCGAGUGUGCUGAAGUGGCAGACCCCAUGCCAUUAUUUGGAAAUGGGGAUGUCCUCAGCUUUGAAGAUUAUAACUAUCAUCGGGAACAUUCAAAAGUAGCAGGAAUGAUGAUAGGUCGGGGUGCACUCAUCAAACCCUGGAUAUUUAAGGAAAUUAAAGAGCAGCAGCACUGGGACAUCUCCUCAAGCGAACGUUUUGACAUGCUCAAAGACUACGUUAAUUAUGGCAUGGAACAUUGGGGUAGUGACACAGAGGGUAUUGAAAAGACUCGACGAUUUUUGUUGGAAUGGCUGUCCUUUUUGCACCGUUAUAUCCCUGUGGGCCUCCUAGAACAAACCCAAAAGAUUAAUCAACGCCCUCUGGCAUAUCGUGGUCGCAAUGAUCUUGAAACUCUGAUGGCAUCUCGUAGCGUUAGUGACUGGAUCAAAAUCAGUGAGAUGCUGCUUGGGCCAACUCCGUCCGACUUUGUGUUCCUACCAAAGCAUAAAGCUAACGCCUACUGAAUUACUUUGUUGUUUGUUUACCUGACAUUUAUAUAUUAGUAAGAUUUUGCAGUGCUCUGUGAAUGAUAUGCUAGUAAGGGUCAUCUGUUUGUUGUUUGACCUGCUGGGGAGAGAUAAUUGAAUAUGUUUAUUGCAAUUUACUCUUAAGAUGUGAUCAUUUAUUUUAGUCUAGUGUUCUAUUGCAAAUAUUUUAGAAAUAGAAGACAAUAUAAUUAUAUUGUACUAUAUAGCAUUUUAUUGUGCGUGCCAGUAUCAGUACUGAAUUUUUAUGAGGUCAAGUAUCAUUGUUACACAAAAAUUAUCGAUUAUCAAAAUUUUAUCUUUAUACAGAUAUGUCCUCUAAUUUUUUAAUGUUCUAGCGAUACGAGUAUGGGACUACUUCAGGGGCUAUGAUAGGGGAUUGCUCCAGGGACAUAAGUAUGAGACAAGAGACUGCUCCAGGGACAUAAGUAUGAAACAGGAGCCAUACAGGGACAUAAGUAUGAGACAGGAGACAUACAGGGGCAUAAGUAUGAGACAGGAGCCAUACAGGGACAUAAGUAUGAGACAGGAGACAUACAGGGGCAUAAGUAUGAGACAGGAGACAUACAGGGGCAUAAGUAUGAGACAGGAGCCAUACAGGGACAUAAGUAUGAGACAGGAGCCAUACAGGGGCAUAAGUAUGAGACAGGAGACAUACAGGGACAUAAGUAUGAGACAGGAGACAUACAGGGACAUAAGUAUGAGACAGGAGACAUACAGGGAUAUAAGUAUGAGACAAGAGACAUACAGGGACAUAAGUAUGAGACAAGAGACAUACAGGGACAUAAGUAUGAGACAAGAGACAUACAGGGACAUAAGUAUGAGACAAGAGACAUACAGGGACAUAAGUAUGAGACAAGAGACAUACAGGGACAUAAGUAUGAGACAAGAGAC